AUGGCAGCCGACGAGAGGGAUUACAACCUGACGGAGGAGCAGAAGGCGAUCAAAGCCAAAUACCCCCCGCUCAAUAAGAAAUACGAGUAUUUGGAUCACACAGCAGAUGUGCAGCUACAUGCCUGGGGAGACACUUUGGAGGAAGCAUUCGAGCAGUGUGUGAUGGCCAUGUUUGGCUACAUGACUGACACAGAGACUGUGGAACCUGUGGAUACAGUGGAGGUAGAGGCAGAAGGACAUGACAUGUUGUCUCUUCUCUUCCACCUCUUGGAUGAAUGGCUGUAUAAAUUCAGUGCUAAUGAGUUCUUUAUACCCAGGGAGGUGAAAGUGCUUCACAUUGACCGAAUGCAGUUCAAAAUCAGAUCCAUUGGGUGGGGAGAAGAGUUUUCUUUAUCCAAACACCCUCAGGGCACAGAGGUCAAAGCCAUAACUUACUCAGCAAUGCAGAUCUGUGAGGAUGAAAAGCCAGAGGUCUUCGUCAUCAUUGAUAUUUAA